AUGAAUAAUAAAAAUAAUAGUAUUUAUUUAGAAAAACCAAAAUAUUUAUAUACAAUAUUAAUGAGAGGAGAUAAUGGAGCAGGUAAAACACAAGUUCUAAAUAGAUAUGUUGAUGGGGAUUUCGGAGAUACUUCUGGUUAUGUAGAUUUUAAAGUAAAAAAUUUAAUAAUAAAUGAAGAGUAUAUUAAAUUGCGAAUUUGGGACCUUUCAAUUGGUUGCGAAAGUUUUAGACGAUCUCAAGCAUACUUUAGAAAUAUACAUGGUAUAGUGUUUAUUUACGAUAUCAUAAAUAUAGAAUCAUUUACUUCAAUUAAACAACAUUGGUAUGAACACUAUAAAAAAUUUAGACUCGAUAACAAAGAUGUACCAAGCUCAAAGUCCUCUCUUAAUCCAGGAUAUGGUCUUAAAAACAACAUUCCACAAAUAUUGGUAAUUGGUACAAAAUCAGAUUUAAGAAAUAAAGAUAAUUAUAAGAAAUGUGUAGAUACAGAUCAAGCUAGAGAAUUUGCAAAUUCAAUAAAUGCUUUGUUUUAUGAAACAUCAUCAAAAGAUAAUAUUAAUGUAAAUUCCUCUUUUUUAGAUUUAACAACUCAAUUAAUAAAUUGCACUGAAACAAUCGAAGUUAGUAAUAAUAACGAUCAAAAAACUCAACAAAAAAAACCAUUCUCCAUUUGCAGCAUUAAUUGA